CCAACCGUGACGUCCGCGUGUUGUGAACCAAGCGGACUCCAUCGCCCGGCGGCCAACCCGAGCUGUCAGCUGGAGCACAACGUCUCUGCGGACGAGCAGCCGGACACACAGCCAACGUAUCACCCGGAAGACAGCAAACAAGUCGAGUGGAGACGGCAGCAUGAACCGCUUUAAGAUCUCCAAAUUCAAAAACACCACUCCGAAAAUUGCCAAGAAAGAUGAAUGGAUCAGUAAUAUCCGUGCCGGAUCUUUGGCCUGCCAGGGGAACCACAUCAAGGCAAGCUCCAAGCUGGUGGCCUUUAAUACGGAGCAGGCCGGGGGCGGCAUACUGGGCCUGUCUUCAGUGACCCUAACAGCAGAUGGGAACUGGACCGUCACUCAGAUUUCCUGUCAUUCUGAUUUGGUGACUGACUUUGACUUCUCACCGUUUGACGAGUGUCUUCUGGCAACGUGCUCCGCCGAUGAAAUGGUGAAGCUGUGGCGUUUAUGCGAUCCAGAUGUGGAGCAGCCCAAAGACCCGGAGCUCACACUUCAUCCCGAUCAAGGCAGGUUGGAGCUGGUGCUCUUCCACCCGACCUCGUCCGGGCUGCUGGCGGUUGGCUCCGCCAAGGGCCCGCUCCUUUGGGAUACGGACCACCAGGACGCACCGUUAGCUGUCCUGGAGGAGCACGGUGACCUGCUGCAGAGUCUCAGCUGGAAACACGACGGCUCCCUGCUGGCUUCCACUUGCAAGGACAAGAUGCUACGCGUGUUUGACCCCAGAGCCCAGCUGAAAGCAGUUCAGAGCGCCACCUGCCUGCAGAACAACAAAGACUCUCGCAGCCUGUGGGUCAAAGAUGACCUGCUACUCACCACCGGAUUUGAUCGGAUGCGUAACCGUGAGGUGAAGCUUUGGGACAGCAGGAAGUUGGCUUCUUCACUGAGCUCCGUGACCUUUGGCACAUCCAGCGGGACGCUGAUUCCUCUUUUUGAUGUUGAUACCGAUCUGCUGGUGCUGGCUGCCAUGGGCGAUACUGUGGCCGAUUGUUUUGAAGUCUCCACCUCAGAGCCUUUCCUCACUCAAGUGAGCCACUGUCUGACUGACGCGUCCACCCGCGGCGUGGCCACGGUACCCAAGCUGGCGUUGGACGUGAUGUCUUGCGAAGUGAUGCGUGUGCUCCAGUUGACGGACAACUGCAUCGUACCCAUCAGCUAUCAAGUCCCUCGAAAGAAUUCAGGCCAUGACUUCCACGCUGACCUUUACCCUGACACGGCGGGUGUAACUCCGGCUAUGGCUGCUGUGGAGUGGUGGCAAGGAGGGAACCAACAGGUGCAAAGAGUCAGUCUCCAUCCAGACAAGCAGCCCAAAGCGAAGGCUGCAGCGGCCAAUCGCAAGCCAGCAAAGACAGACUCUGUCAGCGGGGACAGCAAGGCUGCAGCGCACGGAUGUUCCACCUCCAGUAGCCCCCUCAGCACCCCCAGCAGCAGCGCCGCCGCAUCCCGCUCGCCCUCCUCCACUUCAGGCCUCUCCUCAGGCUUCCUCCCCUCCCCAAGUCCAAGCCAAGGGGCCAAGGCCUUCCAGAACUUCCUGGGACCGAGCUCCAAGUUCCGUCACAUCCAGGGUGCCGUGACGCACCGUGACACUCACAUCACAAACAUAAGAGAUCUCAACCUGACCACGCCGGGCGAAUGCGACGGCUUUUGUGUCAACCGCCUGCGUGCCGCGGUGCCGCUCGGCAUAUCCGGAGGACAGGUCGCCAUCUUUGAACGCUCCCAGCCCGGCAGACUACCCGACACAUCCCUACCGACCGUGCAGAACUCUGUCAACGUGGCUGAUCUCUGCUGGGACCCCUUUGACGCACAUCGACUGGCUGUGGCUGGUGACGACGCAAAAAUCCGAUUGUGGCGUAUACCGGAAGGCGGCCUCAAAGAGACGCUCACUGAGCCCGAGCUCAUCUUGCAAGGCCACACGGAAAAAAUCUACUCCAUCAAAUUCCACCCGUUGGCGAGCGGGCUGAUGGUGUCUUCAUCCUAUGACCUCACCGUUAGACUUUGGAACCUGGAAGACGGGGAGCCAGUGCAGCUCCUUAGCGGACACCAGGAUCAGGUGUUCUGCAUGGCUUGGAGCCCGGAUGGGAAGUUGCUGGCUACCGUGUGCAAGGAUGGGAAAAUGCGUAUAUACGACCCUCGCCGGUCCACCGCACCCGUGCAGGAGGGUCCGGGUCCUGAAGGCCACAGAGGAGCUCGUGUGGUGUGGGUGUGUGACGGCAAGUACCUUCUGGUGUCUGGAUUUGACGGCCUCAGCGAGCGAGUGCUCUACCUGUACUCGGCUGUCUCCCUGUCCUCUGGAGCGGUCGCCAGCGUCGCCGGGGACGUCUCCCCCUCAACUCUCAUCCCCUUUUACGACCCCGACACCAGUGUGGUCAUCCUCACUGGAAAAGGGGACACCAGAGUGCUGAUCUACGAGAUCUUGCCUGAAGAGCCGUACUUCCUGGAGUGCAGCAGCUUUCACAGUCCAGAACCACAUAAGGGCUUGGCCUUCCUGCCAAAGACGGAAUGCAACGUGCGGGAAGUGGAGGUAGCCGCAGCGCUGAUGCUCACCAAGACCUCCAUAGAGCCCGUGGUGUUCAAGGUCCCACGGGUCAAGAAAGAGUUUUUCCAAGACGACGUGUAUCCGGACACCUCGGUGUGCUGGGAACCGGCGUUGACCGCCUCCGCCUGGUUCGGCAACAUCAACGGCCAACACAGGAAGAUGAGCCUGAAGCCCGCUGACAUGACACCAGUGAGCCAAGCCCCCAAAGAAGCGCCGGUGAGGAAGUACAUGCCUUCUUCUUUCUACCUGGAGGAGAAGACGGAUGAGCAGAAGAAAGAGGAGCUCCUGGUUGCCAUGGCUGCCAAGUUGGGAAACAUGGAUGAUCCGUUGCCGCAGGAGUCCUUCCAGGGGGUCGACGAGGACGAGUGGGACGACUAAAGAUGGUGCCAAUGACGGCGAGGAGAGAGAGGAGCCAAUUUAAAGUAACACCCACACACUGCAGCACCGAAUGGGGAAGUGGAUCUAACUGCUGUUUGCUCUUAAAGUCUUAAAUGUGCCACCAAACAUUCAGGGAUUCAUCAGGCUUCAAAGUUUGCUUGAAAAAGAAUAACGCACACUCCUCCAAAGCAUGCAAGGGCCACAACAUUAGGUACACUUACGAAUAUUACAGUAAUCCCUCCACAUGUUGCGUCAUGGUGUAAGGAAGCACAUUUGCCCUUUUUUUCACCCAAAUGAAGCAUAGAAAAUGGCUUCAUGAAGUAGAAUUAAUAUAAAAAGCAUUGGGAAGACAGUCAAAGAUGUGAUGUAGUAUCCUCUUUGGUCACUAGGUGUCAGUAAUGUUACAACAACAGGAAGUACAAAUAGAACAGCAAGGAACUCUUCUGAUGCUAAAAUAUGAGUCCAUUAUGUCUUACUUUCUCUUAUGUAAUAGGACUCUAGGGGUGUUAUGUCAUGUCUGGAGGACUCUUAUAAUCUUAAACAUAUUUAGAAGGUCGUAAAACAGGUUUUCAUGCUAUUUAUAGCUCUUACUUUGCGGAAAUUCAUUCAUCACAGAACCGAGGGAUUGCUGUAAUAAUAACUACAAGAAAGAGUGCCAUGAACUUUCCAAGAUGUUUACUGUUCUGGAUGUAUUUUUAUUGUCGUAGUGCACGUUUUUUUUUUUUCCAACGCUGUCAUCUAAGCACAAUCAAUUAACAAAAACUGUAAUGAGUGAUUUUUAUUCAUUGCAAACAACCACAAUUAAGGACACAACAGGGUUGCCAGGGUUGGCUGAACUGGACUAGAAUUUUUUUUUCCCAGAGUACGUUAGUUAGCGUUAUUAAUGCAGUGUAGUUUUUCCAACUUAUUCCAAUUCUACUGCUACUGUAUUUCUACCAUUGAUAUAUUUUUUACAUUGGGGUGUUCUUAUAUUGUGCUUUUAAAGGGACCAUUUCUUUUCUAUAAACAUGUGGCUGUAGGUUUACAUCCUUUUGUGGGAUAUUUUUCACACGCAAUGUAACCACUAACAGUAAAAUGAAAGUAUUAGUAAAAAAAAAUGCAAUGAAGCCAGUAUAAAAUGUAUCUUACACAUUCUGAUGGAGCGAGUUGAAGCCAUGUUAGCUGUGGGUGUCCUGGGUGUCGGUGCAGUGAUACUGUAUACUGGAAGGGCCAAAUUUUUUUUACUUGUGCUGCUCUGAUGCCAUAUUUACUCUUAAUAUUGUGGAUACUAAUGAAAAAAUAUGAAUACGAUGGUGAAAGGUUUUUUGUUUUUUUUCUACAUUGUCUGACAUUAAACACAUU